UCAAACCAAGCCCUUCUCUCUUACACAUCAACUUCAUCGAUCAUUCACUUACAAUAUCCAAUAUUGUCCAAGUUAUUGUUAAGGCCAUAACAAUGAUAACUUUUCGCUUCCUCAUAACACUUUCACUUCCCUUCCUAUUUUUCUCUUUCAUAGUUUCAGGUUAUUCCUGGAACAAAGUUCAGAAUUGGUGCAAUCAAACUCCAAAUCCUGAACCUUGUAACUAUUUAUUGACCAACAAUCCUAGUUACCAACACAACCUUAUCAAGAACAAAGCUGAUUUCUACAAGCUCUCAUUGCAACUCGCUCAAGAGCGAGCACUCAAAGGACAUGCAAACACUCUCUCACUUGGUCCAAAAUGCAACAACAACCCACGCGUCAAAUCCGCGUGGGCUGAUUGUGUUGAGCUGUACGAGCAAACCAUCAUUCAGCUCAACAAAACCUUAGACCCUAACACCAAAUGCUCCCAAGUUGACACCCAAACAUGGCUCAGCACAGCUCUCACUAACCUUGAGACAUGCAAAGCCGGGUUCUACGAGCUUGGAGUUGAAAACUAUGUUCUUCCUCUCAUGUCCAAUAAUGUUACUAAGUUGCUAAGCAACACUUUGGCUCUCAACAAGGUUCCUUACCAACAACAACCUAGUUAUAACCAAGAUGGGUCGUUUCCAACAUGGGUGAAGCCUGGUGAUAGGAAGCUGCUGCAAACAUCGUCGGCACCUGCUUCGAAGGCGAACGUGGUGGUGGCGAAAGAUGGGUCUGGAAAGUACACAAGUUUAAGUGCUGCCAUCAAUGCUGCACCAAAGAAGGGAAGUGGGAGGUAUGUGAUAUAUGUGAAGGCUGGUGUUUACAAUGAACAAGUUGAGAUAAAGGCAAAGAAUAUCAUGUUGGUGGGAGAUGGUAUUGGCAAAACUAUAAUCACCGGUAGCAAAAGUGUUGGAGGAGGCACCACAACCUUUCGUUCAGCUACUGUUGCUGCUGUUGGGGAUGGAUUCAUAGCUCAAGACAUCACAUUUAGAAACACUGCUGGAGCAAAAAACCACCAAGCUGUUGCACUUCGUUCUGGAUCAGACUUAUCAGUGUUUUACAGAUGCAGCUUUGAAGGCUACCAAGACACACUCUAUGUCCAUUCCGACAGACAAUUCUACAGAGAAUGCAACAUCUACGGCACAGUUGACUUCAUAUUCGGUAACGCGGCUGCCGUAUUCCAAAAUUGUAACAUCUUUGCGAGAAACCCUCCCAACAAAGUGAACACAAUCACAGCACAAGGAAGAACAGAUGCGAACCAAAACACAGGCAUUUCCAUUCACAAUUCAAGGGUUUUGGCCGCCUCGGAUUUGAAACCGGUCCAGAGCUCGGUUAAGACUUAUCUUGGUAGACCAUGGAAGCAAUAUUCGAGAACAGUUUUCAUGAAGACAAGUCUUGAUAGUUUGAUCCACCCCGCGGGUUGGUUGGAAUGGAGCGGCGAUUUUGCAUUAAAGACUCUGUAUUAUGGAGAGUACAUGAACACAGGUUCUGGCUCUUCAACAAAGAGUAGAGUUAAAUGGCAAGGUUAUCAUGUGAUGACAAGUGCUUCUGAAGCUUCAAAGUUCACUGUGGGUAAUUUCAUUGCUGGAAACUCCUGGAUACCUGCAACCAAAGUGCCUUUUACAUCUUCUCUGUAGAUGAGUGUUGUAUAAUUGUUCAUUGAUUGUUUGAUUUGUUCCAAUUAUUUGUUUAGUUUUUGUUGUUAAAAUUGAUACUUGUAUGUAAAAUUGAUUAGUUGUUUUGUGAUUUGAUUUCAUUGUUUGUUGGAUUGUAUUGGGAAGACAGAUUGUGUUGAAUGGAAAUAUAAUUGUAAAGAUGAAGGAUUUUU